AUGAAUGAAAAUCUCAAUUCAGGACUUUCUCAACCUUCGGUUCAAUAUGCUUCUCCGAUGGACGCAUUAUUAAAUUCAGCACUCUCUCUUCGGGGAGUUUGGAUCUUGGAUGAACAACGACAGAAGGUGUUAUUUUCAAGAAGAUUUACAACGGUAGAAAAGAGAGCCUUGGAAUUGAUCCGAGCACAACAUCAGAUCGGAAUGGAUGAGAGUAAAUCAAUUGUUUUCUCGACACAACAACUGCAACCACACACAACUGGCAAGUCAUUUCAUUCUUUACCGUUAUCAGCCUCUAUUUCCGAUUUUGAUGAUGGAUUUUUAGUGGAAUAUUUCAGACUAGCGAGAAAACAAUACGAAACACUUGCUGCUUCCACGGGCGGAUUAUCGAUGCAUGCACAAUUAUUUAAAAAUUCCACACAACAACCAAAAAUUCAAUCGUCAAUUUUGGAAACAACAGAAAGGGAAAAUAAUGAAUCCUCGUGGAGAGUAUUCAUGAAAUUAUUGGAAGAGAAUUAUGCAAUAUUUUCAAUGAACACAAAAUUUGUUGAAAAGUAUCAUUUGGAAGAACAAUUAAUGUUAUUGUCAUCAAUGGGAGCAGAUUCUAUUUCAGCAGAGGAUGAAGAUCUUUCAAUUUUACUACCUAUAGAAGUAUCUACCAGUGCGAAUACACAAGGAGGUCAUAGCUCUCUCAGUGUCAAGUAUCAAUCCGCCGACAGGAUAAAGUCACCCACCAAAAAAGGGUUAAAAUCACCCAAUGGCAAAAAACAUAGUUCAUCUGCUCGAGGUUUUUCUACAAAAUCAAAUAAUAAUUCUCCCAGUCUUAACAAUUUAUUGCCUGGUUCGGGAAGUCAAAUUUCAGAGAGUGACAAGAAAGGAAGCAUUCCGACUCCUCCUUAUAUUUUCCCAUUCGUUUCUAUUGUAGUGGGAGGUGUCACCUUUGUUGCACUCCCACUGAUAGUUCCAAAUUCCUCAGUACAUGAUUCAUUUAUUGAAUUUUCAAAACUGGAAAAUACUCUGGAAUAUCCAUCCAUAUCUGGUGCGUUUAGCUUCUUGCAGGAUCUUUCAUCAAACUUUUUCUUGGCCAACCAGAAGCAUCAAAAGUCUUCUGAAGUAACCAAUUAUAUGAACAUGUACAUUAGUCAGUGUGCUCCAUUUGGAAGGCCUUUGGAUUCAGCACCAUCCAAUGUUCAUCUCUUACUCACAAAACCAUUUCCAAUGGAUGAUCCAGAGUUGGCAUUUUUGAGAAGACCCUCAUGGAAAGCUCAUUCUCUGAAAUUCGAUCAACAACGCAUUCAUUUCAUUAUUCGUGAAAAUAUUUUAAGUGCUCAAUUUGAUAAGAAGGACAUUCCAGAUGAAAUUUCAUGUUUUGGAUCGGUUCUGUGUAGUGCAGAAAUUGAUGGAUUUUCAGAUGUGACUGUGAGCUUGAGCGAACUACGUAAUACGAGACAUUUUUCAGUGCAUUAUUGCUGCCGAGAUCAUCCAGAUGAGAUGUCUAACACGGGAUGUGAAUUUGCAAGCUUGUCAUUUUCUCCUCCCUCUGGUGCAUUUGUUUUGUGUAAAUACAAUAUUGAAAAUGUGAGCAAACCACCUGUGAGAGGAUAUUAUCAAAUGAGAGAAUUGGCUGACAAUAAGGUUGAAUUUUUACUACAACUUGGUAUUGAUUCAGUUGAUUGUCAAUUUGAGUACUGUAAUGUAAUUAUUCCAUUUCCCAACAGAACAGAAGUGACUGAUAUUUCCUAUCAAGCAGUGCAAGGACAAUUAACAAAAGGAAAAGGAAAAAAUAAUUUAGUAUGGACCAUUGGUAACAAGUGGAAAACAAAAGAGUUGUCACUUUCUGGAACUCUGACUUUUAAUCAAUCAGAUACCAUAUUGAAGGAUGUUUCCGAUCCAUUUUUUGUGAAUAAGAAUUCUCUGGUUCGACUGCAGUACAAAUUAUUGAACAUGUCACUGAGUGGGGUUGUGAUUGAUCCAAAGACUGUUUCUCUCAAUUCAUCUCUCAAGUUAGAGGCAGUUACCAUCAAGAGAGAGAUUGUGGCUGAAGAUUGUGUGAUUUACAACUCGAGAGGAGACGUUAGACAUGUUCAGUAG